AAGAACACACAACAUGAUGCAAGAGCAUCGUUGGCUACGCUUUAGCAUUAUUACUCGAUGGUGACAUAUUGACAAACAUUAGAAAAAAGUAGUGGUUUUCUUUUCAUUAUUUUAGAGACAUAAGUGCUUAGACAAACCAAUUGAAAUUAUUUCACGGCAGAUCAUUAAGAGUAGGAAGUGGAUGUUUCGGGAUCGCACUCUAAUUUUAGCGAAACUUUUGCGAUGAUGGUUUAGUUGGUCGAUUAGUGUACUGUCUAGUGAAAGUGAUACCCAAAAAAUCUGAAAACCUUCGAUUCGAUAAACUGAGCGGUACUGCGCUUACGCGAAGGUCAUCUGCGGAAAAUGGAAUCUGAUGUUCCCUAACAGGGCUCUCUGUAUUUGAAGCAAUGGGACAAGUGUUUGUCAAGUUCCAAGAACCACAUCCGAUCGAAAAUCGAUACGCAUUUGUAGAGUUAUUCCACAAACGGCACAGGAAGCGUCCGCGGCUACAUACGAAAGUGUGAAAUGCCAGAAGAAACCAAUUUUGGUGAUUUAUGUGUUGCUAUGCCCGCCGAGGCACUAGUUGAAAAUUCUGUGCGCCGUACUUCCAGGCGUUGAUGGCGAGAGCGUAGUGCGUUGAUUGAAUAAUGAUUAUGUAGGUAGCUACCAGUGGCAGCUAUAGAACAAAAGAGAUAAUCAAAACAGAAGAAUACACAUAUCCACCUUCCUGUAGUGCACAUAUCGUAGUUGGUCUGCCGGGAAUGCGGAGUUGGUGAUUUUUCAAACCGGGAGUAGCUUUUCUUUUGUGACAACAGCGAAUUGUAGAGAACACAGCUCCAAUGAAAAAAGUUAUGAUACCAUCGUUGGAUAUGAAAAAGAGUGUUUCGGUCAAAGUAGAUAGUGAUCUGACAUUGCUACUAUCGAGCGGAGUGUACGAAAUUAAAAAAAUGGAGCCCCGCAGGCGGCUCCGUCCUAUUGUGAUAAUCUGCUUAUUUCUGACCAUCGCCGGUAUCAUCGGGUUUGGAUACUUCUGUCCGGAUCAGGUGUGCGCUCUCUCACGGCGCGAAGUGAUAAGCAACCAGGAACUUAUCACCGGCUACGAACAUGACAACCUCGGAAAACCGGUGCAGCAAAACUUGCUGGCCAAUCCGGGACUCAGCUACGAGGAGGUCCUGAACGAUGACUUCCAGUUUGACAUGAACGCUCAUGAUGUGAUGGUAUUUUUGCACAUCCAAAAGACAGGCGGAACUUCUUUCGGGAAGCAUCUGGUACGAGAUUUGGACUUGAAGCGACCGUGCACAUGUCAGCGAAAGAAGAAACGGUGCUACUGCUUCCGACCGCACCGCAACGAGAACUGGCUAUUUUCGCGGUACUCCACCGGCUGGAAGUGCGGCCUGCAUGCUGACUGGACUGAACUGACCGGAUGUGUGGACUCCGAGCUGGACAAGAACGAAGGCGAAACGGCCAAGCGGAGGUACUUCUACAUCACGCUGCUGCGGGAACCGAUCGCACGAUAUCUGUCCGAGUUUCGGCACGUCCAGCGCGGUGCAACCUGGAAGAACUCCCGGCAUUGGUGCCUGGGUCGCACGGCAACACCGGAUGAGCUGCCGCCGUGCUACAAUGGUGAAAACUGGAACGGUGUGCCGCUGGAUGAAUUCGCCGGCUGUCAGAGCAAUCUUGCAGCCAACCGGCAAACCCGCAUGCUGGCCGACCUGGCCCUGGUGGGCUGCUACAACAAAACCUACAUGCCAUCGGUGGAGCGCGACCGCAUCAUGCUGGCCAGUGCCAAGCGCAACCUUGCCGCCAUGUCCUACUUCGGUCUAACCGAGCACCAAAAAAUCUCCCAAUACAUCUUCGAGGAAACGUUCAAUCUACGGUUCGCGAUACCGUUCGAGCAGCACAACAACACCGUCUCGACGACCACCAUGAGCAGUCUGACGGUCGAGCAACGGGCCAAAAUUGAUAAGCUAAAUGCACUCGACAUCGAGCUGUAUGCAUUCGCGAAGAAAUUAAUGUUCCAAAGAUUCGAAAGACUUAAAGCCAAAGAUAAUGAUUUUAAUGUAAGAUUCGCGCAUUUAGGUAACCUAGGCAUAAAGAACGGCGUUACCGAGUUCAACUGGGACAGCAACAUUGACGAGGCGCCCAGCAGUGAACACCACUGAUACACAGGGGUCAGGACUCGCUCCGACGCGACAGUCCCGCACAAUCCUUCGUACAACUACAACAUAAUGAUGAUUCCGAAAUCGUUGCCAUUUCGUCGUCCCACGGGACGACCCGCCGUCUCGCCAUCAUCGCCGUCUCCAUUGUCGUUCACUAUUAAUAAGAUCACUUCGCCCCGCGUCAUCGAUAUACCCGCCGAAAGUCGCCUGCCGGCAUCCGGGGGCGCAAUCUCAUUACCCUUUUACCACGACCCCAACAGCAGCCACCACAACACCAAACUAUAUCUCGCUUCCACUAGUCCGAUUGAACGGAAGCUUCACAGACGGCGGCGACCGCAGGAUCACCGGGGACGACAAUCCAAACUCACCAAGCAACAGAUUACAAUGCAAACGCUGCGUGAUAGCCCCCCACAGAGGAACCGGAAGAUAAACGGCAGCAACCAGUGAUGCUGAAUAGUCAUAGAGCUCCGAGAGUUGUUUGCAUACUGAUUUUAGCAUUUUAGUACUGGCGCAGAAUGUGAAUAUUUUAUCUAAUGACACACAAACAGAACAAUUGUUUCACAGUAGUCUUAAACAAUAAGAAUAAACAUAAAUACACCAAAACGAAAAAAGUGUAUGAAAAUAAAA